AUGGCUACACCUUAUCAUCCACAGACCAAUGGGCAAGCUGAGGUGUCUAAUAGGGAGAUAAAGAAGAUUUUGGAAAAGACAUUUGGUUCAUCAACGAAGGAUUGGUCUCAGAAGUUAGAUGAUGCGCUCUGGGCAUACAAAACUGCAAUGAAGACUGCUAUCGGGCUAUCUCCUUUUCAAUUAGUCUAUAGAAAAGCAUGUCAUUUGCCAGUAGAGAUGGAGCAUCGAGCUUUAUGGGCAUUAAAGUUCUUGAACUUUGAUCCUUUUGACACUGCUAAUAGAAGAAGAAGGCAAACUCUUGAGCUUGAAGUGAUGCAGUUGCAUGCUUAUGAUUCUUCUAGGAAUUACAAAGAAAAGGUCAAAUUUUAUCAUGACAAGAAGCUGAUAAAGAAGAUUUUUCAUCCAGGACAACAGUCUAAGUGGUCUGGGCCGUUCGUGAUUAAGGAUGUCAAACCACAUAGAGCAAUUGAGUUGGUAGAUCCGACUGCUAGUGAUCCACAAAGAAGUUGGGUGGUUAAUGGGCAACGUCUUAUGCAUUAUCUGGGUGGAGAGAUUGAGCCUUCCACAGUCGUGAAGAUGGUGGAUCCUUGA